AUGGCGUUUGAAUGGAUAGUUUUUGCCUUUCUAGGACAAGUAGCUGUCUUCUGCAAUGUAAGUUAAUGUGUUAUGUGUUUUUCGAUUUCACGGCGUAGGGAAAUCGCUAAAGUAUCGACCAGGUCAAAUUUAAAUGAUCCCUGUGGAUAAAGUUGUAUGCGUUCGCAGGCAUGCACGAAAUGAUGAAAGGUAUAAUUAUCGGAGGACUAAAAGCUAACUAACGCUGUACAUACGUUCAGAUACUUUUCUGGAAUUACUCACGAAGAAAUCGCAAUUCAAGGAGAACGAAAAACUCCACAACAACGGAGACUGAGAAAUUCUAGUCUUUGGAUCAACUGAAGUUUGCCUUACGUCAUAACUUACUGUGACAAAGUUUUGUCCUUUGAAUAAAUUUUUUAUUUUGUCUCUGUCGUCUUGAGUGAUUCAAAAGUUUGGAAUAACGAUUUAAAUGGGUUCUUUAAGGGCUUAGCCAAGAUUGCCUAUGAGAGACAAAUGAAUAAAGGGGGUAAGUUUCUAAAGAAACUGGUUACUGCGUCGGUGGGAGAGUAUAACAGGUAAUUUAGUGUUAACAACUGAGUUGAAAACGUAAAUUGAUCACCAUAAAGAGUUUAAAGGCGGACGUUUCGAGCGUUAGCCCUUCGUCAAUCACUCUGACGAAGGGCUAACGCUCAAAACGUUAGCUCUGAAAAUCUGUACGGCGGUCAAUUUACGUUUUUAACUCAGUUGUUAACACUAAAUUACCUGCCUAUGAGAGAUACUGGUUUCCUCCAUUCAUCAAAUGUAUUUAACAUCCCAUUCACUGUCUUUGUCUUAUUUGCAGGGAGAUGUUGUGUACCAUCAAACAAUGACUCCAUUCUGGUUAGAGUCGCACGCGUCUUACAUCGACAGUCAACGCACAACAACCAAUGAGCAGAUCACUUUUAACGCUGGCUCGGUAAAACACGCCUUACUUCUUAAAGUUCCCAUGAUUCUCCCCGGUGUCGUCAUGAGUAACAGCCGGCUAACCGCUGAGAUAACAGUGGCCCAUGACGUCACAAUCGGGACCACCUCGGAAAGCGAUAACAGAUACGGCGUAUCAGAUGGCACAAACUUCAUCGGGUUUCAUGUUCCUGAUAAAGCCAGUUAUUCCAACAGUGUUCCGCGCCCACCCUGCUAUGGAGUAGAAGGAACUGCUGGUUCGAGUUUACACGGGUUAAGUUACAUCAAUCGUGUAUCACCCAAACCGCAGGACUCCUUCUACCCGGGUCAAGUCGAGUUCACCAUUAAGUUAGAUGAGCGCUGGGGGUCGUGUUAUACCGCACAUGAUGCAGGUUAUACAAACGUGGCGAAAUUUAACAAACGAUUGGUGAUCAGUAAUGGACUUAAUCUUGAAGUUUAUAAAGACGAAGCAUAUGAAAGAGUUGGCAUCAAGUACAUUAAAGUCACCAUUGUGCAAGAUGCCUAGCUUAGAUCUAGCUUAAUAAAAAGCGAGCAGUUCCUCCUUUUCACCGAAUUUUGUCGCGUGAGUCAAAAAUAUAAGUGAAAGAAUCAACGUCAGCUGGCGGCGCAGAACUGUGAUAGUAAGACUCACUACCUUCGUGCGCCUCACUUCCAGAGUUCAGCGCGAAGCGCUAUCUUCAAUUUUUUACCCCUUUUUUUUUCAGUCGCACGAUGGACUUCGGCUGAAAAGUAGAGACUGCUUGUUGUCUGGCUUAGGAAAUACCACUGAACGUUUUAUUUUUGACGCGUUGAAUCAGUGUUGGACUUGGGUUGCAAAGCAAUAAUUGUAUUGUAAAAAUAUACUAAUGAGUCUACCAUGCGCUGAAAGUGUUUUCGUGUUUUAAGUACCGGAGGCUGUUUGAUAUUAGAAACUGUUUCGAAAAAAGCGAGACAAAAAAAAACUCAGAAGAAUAUCACGGCAAGAAGCUAAAGCAUUGUGUCAACAGUUUCUUGUCACUUAAUAAGAUAUUGUCCAUGUAUUAGAGGAACCGCAUACGUCACAAAAUGAGCAUUUAGCUCAAUGUCAAUUCUAACAUAUGAUGGCUUUCCAUAGUUACUUGAAAAAGGUUUGCUUUCAGAUAAAUAUUUUAUAGUCUUCCAUAACGAGAAGGGCAUCAUUGUAAUAAAAAUGUGCAGUCGCUGGUUUUAAACGGGGCUUUUUGAGAAAAAAAGUAUUUCAUAAAUACUGAGAUUUACAUUGUGAAGUAUACUAUCAUUCGUGCCUCUGAUUGGACAAACGGUGUAUUUUCACUGUCGUUCGUUUCUUAUAGUACUUCACGGAGUAAAUCUCAGUAUGUAUGAAAUAAAAACAUUAUACCUUUAACAAUUUUUGUUCACUCGUUGCGAUGCAUCAAAAAAACUCACUUGUUUGCUGCGCUCACUCUUUCGUUUUUAUGAUGCAUUGCAACUGGUGAAUAAAGAUCGUUCGUGUGCAUUUUCCACGGGAUAAUCUCUAUUUAUUCUAGACAAACCAGGAAGACGAGCAAUAUCGGUUUGGGCAGAAAGUUCGAAUAUAGAUUUAUGUUUAUGCAAUGCGUGUUUAAGAUAGAACUUUUCAUCGGAAUUUUAAGCCAUAUAAUAGACUUUUAAGGCUUUCCAUUGAGGUUCCCGAGUUUUCCACCAACAGAUGAUUAGCUUCGAUACACUUUGUUGACGUCAGCAUUUUUGAUGAGCCCCGUUUUCGAUCUCAAUCACUUUGGAUAUGAGGUCUAAACAUUGAAAACGAUUAAAGGAGCUGUGGAGAGGG